UUCAGUUAAUGUACACAUGCCAAAAGAUAGAGUAACUCAAAUGCAUCAGGGAUAUGGUUUUGUUGAAUUUAUGGGAGAAGAAGAUGCAGAUUAUGCUAUUAAAAUCAUGAAUAUGAUUAAGCUGUAUGGCAAACCUAUUCGUGUAAACAAGGCUAGUGCACAUCAAAAGAACUUGGAUGUUGGAGCAAAUAUAUUUAUAGGAAAUCUUGAUCCAGAAGUGGAUGAAAAAUUGUUGUAUGAUACAUUCAGUGCAUUUGGCGUGAUUCUGCAAACACCAAAAAUAAUGAGAGAUCCCGAAACAGGCAAUUCAAAAGGUUUCGCUUUUAUUAAUUUUGCUUCUUUCGAUGCCUCAGACGCUAGCAUCGAGGCAAUGAAUGGUCAGUAUUUAUGCAAUCGACCUAUCUCUGUCUCUUAUGCUUUUAAACGUGAUGCCAAAGGCGAAAGACAUGGCAGUGCUGCGGAAAGACUUUUGGCCGCACAAAAUCCAUUGAGUCAAGCGGACAGGCCACAUCAGUUAUUCGCAGACGCGCCACCUCUAGCACCGCCGCCAAUGCCAAAUUCGAACGCAAACGCUCAUCAAUCCGCUCAUCAUCCUCAACAUCACGUAAUGCAUCAUGGAAUGGUCGUACCACCACCGCCGCCACCGUCUACUCCUGGACCACCGAUGGGUCAUCCACCUCCACCGCCCGUACCACCGCCACCGUCCGGUGGAUUCCCACCGGCAAACAUCCCUCCGCCUCCUCUUCCUCCAAUGUCGAUGGCGGCGCAUCCGCCUUUACCACCUGGUAUGCCACCGCCGUUGCCGCCGAUGCCUGUACCUACUUCUCAGGCGCAGUCAGCUGCUUCAAGGAUGAUGGCACCACCACCACCACCACAUUGGGCCGUGGGAGCGCCGCCGCAGGGACAAUUUCCACCUCCGCCGCCGCCAUCUUCAAGUGGUGGUCCUCCCCAAUUUGGACAGUAUCAGCCUUCACCGCCGAGACCACCUCCGGCCUGGCGACAUCCGCCACCGCCUCCUGUUUCUCAGGGUGGUCCACCACCGCCACCACCACCUCAAUUCCGACCACCUUUCCCGCCAAGAGGACCACCACCGCCACCACCUCCACACGAUGGCAAUCAAUAUUAAUAUAUUCGUGAUUUAUAUUUAUAUUUAUCUUAACAUUUAUAAAACAUUUAUAAAAAAAAACAAUGCAAUUUUGUUUUACAAUUAUCUAUUAUUAAAUAUAUCAUUGAGAAAUUUACGUACAUACGCGCGUACAUACAACAUUGGUAAAAAAAGAAAAAAUUAUUAAAUUAAUUUUCAUAAAA